AUGACCAAAUCCAUUCUUUUCUCAGUUCUGCUGGCUGCAGCUAGUUCGAUUGCUGCUUCACCCGCGCCCGGCUCGUCUGCUCACCCAAUCGGCCUGGAAGUCCGCACGCCAAUCAAUACGGGACUCGUGAAUGUUCACCUAACCCGCAGAUCUCCUUUGAGCGAUGGGGUAGAAUACACCUACGGAUCGUGUUCUGCUUUUACUUUUCGGGAUUCCCAUCACUUCGUCUCGAGCACGGCACCUGGUGAUAUUGCCGCUGAUCGGUUACUGUGGAAAGUUCCUGAGGAUGCCCCUCCUGGUGGUUGUAUAUCAGCAUGGGCAGCGAAUGGUGGAGGCUUGCUCGGACGGAGUCUUCCGUUGGACGUACAGGCGGGACUCAAGAAGAGGAAUCUUGCAAAGAGGGAGAUUAAUCCAAUCAAGAUGGAUAAUAGUAGUGGGAUUGAUACUACUGGCCCGUGGUUCGACGGGGUUAAGUUGCUGAAGGAUAAGGAGGUUCCGCCGAUUGUCAUUGAGGAGCUGAAGAAGAAGAGUGAGUCGCCUUGCGCGGGUACUAGCUGUGAUGGGGAAGCAUUGGUUCCCCCUUUGAAUCGUAUGCUGACAUGAAAGAUUGUAGAGAUCGGUAUUCUCGGCGCUGGAAUGUCCGGACUUAUGACGGGCGUGGGUUGGGCCUUUUCGCUACUAUACAUCACUUACUAACGUUUAUAGUUGCUACUGGAUUCCCAAGGGUUUCAUAAUUGGGAGAUCACAGAGGCGUCCCAUAGACUUGGAGGGUAUGUACCGGGGACGCUGAACUAAACUUCUUUUAUUUCCCGGGGACUGUGCCGCUGACUUUGUCUAGCCGUGUGAAAACUCAAUACUUUGCCGGAGGCCCAACUACAAAUGAUUAUCAGUACCAGGGUGAGCUAUCCGCAUGCUAUAACUUUUGAUUUGAUUGUGUAAUUUCUGACAAUUCAUUAGAGAUGGGACCAAUGCGAUGUAUAGGCUCUGGUAUCCCAGCAAUCUGAUUGGCUUGCCACUAAUAUCCCUAUAGUCCCUCGCUCCAUCAAAUAUGCCGGAACGAACGAAACCCUGACCAUCCGUGACCACCACAUAGUUUUCCAGCUGGCCGAUUACCUCAACAAAAAAAACAAGAAUGAUAGGGACCUCGCUGUAAAAUUCAUCACUUGGAUCCAGACAAACCCGAAUACUCGUUCCUACUUCGAGGGUAUCAGGAAGCCGGAUGGAUCCAUACCCACUUUGGCCGAAACACAGGCCGAUCCUUCGCUUAACCCUGCACCCAUAACUGAUCCUAGUUAUAAGGAAGUUGAGGAGAAAUUGACCGAGCUUUUGGGGACGAAGGAGAAGAUGGCCGAGUUGGCGAAUAAUGUUUAUAGGGCUCACAAGAAGACUGUUGGUAUGGUGGCCCACUUUUCUAGGUUAGGAGUGGGGAACUGAUCUUUCUGUGCAUCUAGAUGAAGGAUGGGAUGAUUUUUCAGAAUUUGAGUAUAUUCAUACUCUCCUUGGGUAUGUCACUCUCCGGACGGUUUCGCGGCGGGGGCACGGCCCAAAAUAGAUACUAAAUGAGCAUCAGAGCAUCACUUAAUGUCACCGACUUGGUUCUUGGCUCUGCCGAAGCUAUUCCCCAGUCGUUCUGGAAUGAUUAGUAAGAAAAUAUCUGCCGUCUUUUGGAAUGCAACGCAACCCCGAGGCUAAAGCUAGUGAUAGUAUGGAUAAUGUCUAUUUCUCUGCUACCGAUUGGGCAACUAUUGAUCACGGUGAGAAUAAUUUGGAUGCCCUUAGGAACAAGCCUUAAGAUUCUGACUGGUUCACUAUAUAUCUAGGCCUUAAUCGUCUUCCACUCGCAUUCGGGCCUACUGUAGAGGAUAGGGUCAGGUUUGGUCGAAGGGUCGAUAAGAUCGACUAUUCGAAAUCGGCAAACAAGGUCAGAUUCUCCUGGAGAAAGAAUUUCCGUGAUAGAGAUUACUUGACUGCAGAAUAUGAUUAUGCUUUGGUCGCCGCUCCCUUUUCCAUUGUCAGAAAAUUAAGAAUUCCAAGUUUGACACCUCCUCCUCGGUCGUUAUAGAACGAUCGCUAACUACCAGCAGGGUUCAGCAGUGUCCUCGGAAGAGCUAUCAACAGGUUGGGCUACAUUAGUGCUUGCAAGGUAGCAGUACAAUUCAAGACACGAUUCUGGGAACACCUGGACCCACCUAUCCUUGGUGGUUGUACGACCACCGACAUUCCGCUCAUCCAGAGAUACUGCUAUCCAUCAUAUAACCUGAACGGUACUGGCCCGGGAGUGCUUCUUGCUUCGUACAACUUUGCGGGCGAGGCGGAUCGGUCAGUGAGCUUUUCGGACGAUGAGCACAUUGAGCACGUGAUGGCCGCCAUGGAGGAGAUCCAUGGUCCUGUUGUAAGACAGCAGUUCAUGAGGUAGGUCUUCUCGUUGGGUUAUGUGUACACCGCUGCCAUGUGCUGACUCUAGUUAGGGCUGAACGCGUAUGCUGGGCUCUUGAUGGGUUUGAAGCGGCCUCGUGGGCUGAGCCACUUAUUGGGCAGCAUAAGCUGUACAUCCCUUCGUACUUCAAUGUAGAGAAUAACGUGAGUCCUCUCAACGCAUGCUAUUAUUUGACUACAGGUGUUGAGUUUACUAGAUCAUCUUUGUUGGGGAGCACACCUCGUAUACCCACGCUUGGGUUGCUUCAGCACUAGAGUCUGCUGUUCGGGGGACGGUGCAAUUGUUCUUGGAGUGGGGUCUCGUCGACGAGGCGAAGAAUAUCACGGAGACUUGGAUGGGAAGAUGGUGAGUUUUCGGAUCAGUCUUUGGGAGUAUUGAAUAGUGCACUAACGGAUUAUUAGGAUCACUGUCUAGGACUUGGUAGUGAUACGUGUUGUUGGUUGUUGGGAUGGGUUAUGGUUGGUCUUUUUCGAUAUAUCUUUUUUUUUUUUUUGAUAAUUUCGCAUAUGACGCGAGUAUGGUAAUUAGAAAAUAAUCGGUGCGUAGAGUACCGGUAAGCUACGGUG